AUGGCCGCCACAAGAGCUCGCACCGAACACGCCGCCACCGCUCCUACACCACCCCACGCAGCCAAAGAUGUGACGUCAAGCCGCCAGGCGGCGUCGAUCACCGAUGCGACCAUAAACGACCAGACUCCAUCACGUCGCACCACCACACGAGCACGCAAACUUCCCAGCCGCCUGCUCCCCUCCCCUUCGCCCCCACCUUCGCGCCCUUCCUCUCAGUACAAUGCGACCAAGCAUACCAAGGGUGGCAAGGAUGCCGACGACGGCGCCUCGCCCUCCCCUGCUGUGACCUCUUCCAUGUCGUCAACCGCCGCUGCUGCUGCCAGACCUCGCAGAUCAGAUGCCAACAACGCAAGCUCAGAUCUUGACGUAGCCGAUAAGGACGACUCGGAGGAUCUAGGCCCUGGCAAGCGCAAGCGUCGCCCCAGCAGCAUGUACAAGCCGCCCGCCACCUUGACUACGGUCGAGACGCCUUCUCCUGCUUCGGCAUUGGCUUCUUCCAAGUCCAAGAAGAAGGGACGUAGCAUCAGCCCAGAGGUCUCCGCUCACAAGAGUCAGUCCCCUUCUGCGUCGGUUGUUCAGGCUAGGCUGAAGGGUCGUCUUUCCAAGGGCAAGCUCGAGGCCGAUACUCCAUCAUCCAAGAAGGCCAACGGCUCGAUCAUGGACUCGGACUCGCUUCAUGCAACUGGCGACGACUCGGAUGCAGAAUACGAGACCGACCCUCUGCGCAUCUCGAAGCGAGUUCGCAUCGGCGAUGUCCAGGUCUCGAUGGAUUUCUCACCCCCGCCGCUGCUACCUCGUGACGGCUCUGCCAGGAUUCAGAUGCCCAUGCACUACUCCCAGCCCACAUUCAUCCGUGGCGGCCGGGUCAGCGUAUCGCCCGAGGCAUCUGCCAAGAGGCCGAUUCGAUACGGCGCGCGGGACGAGACCGAGACGGACAGCUCGCGCAUUGGCCAGCUCAUGCGUGCGAGCAAGCGUGACAUCCCAAACGCGAGGAAGCACGCGGACGUGAUGUCAUCUUCGCCUGUCUCAACCGGCCUGGCCCGAUUCGACAACGAUGCUGGCGCUCCCCUCAGCUACGUCCCCUUCCGCUAUGGCGCGCGCACUGCGAGCGGCUCCUUCAACUUGCAGACCUGCCCCUUUGCUGGGCACGCGGUGAACGAGGUGGACGAGAACGAGGAAGAGGACGAGGACGAAGACGACGAGAACGACUUUCAUCAGGCUAUGCUCGAUGCUGAUUUUGACUUCUUCGAGUCGCAAAAGUCGGACGCUGUCGUCGUUGAGCCCGUCUGGCCCGCUUCUCGACGUGGCACGACCGAGGAAGCCGAGAUGGACGAUACUCCUGCUACCACUCCUCGAAGCCCUCAAUCCGGCUGCGACCUUCCCUCGCCUGGCAGUCCACGCUGCAAGACGGAGGAAGACGUGGUGCUGCCUAGCGCCGAGGGGAAGCCUUCUUCAUUCGCUGCUGGAAGGGAUUCGGUGUUUGCGCACGCUCUGCCCACGACACAGGUGGGUGCCGACAAGCCGCAUCAGCACGCCGGCUCGCUCACCCUCUCGCUGCCUUACAGCCCUGCUGUCGCGGCCUCGUCUCCUCAGUUGCGAGCCAUGGACAUGGAUGCAGCCAGCGUGCGCAAGGAUUCCAAGGACGCGCCCGCAGUCACUCAGAUGGGCACGCCGAUCCUGCAGAGACGAACGCACGCCGGGCUGCCCGCCGGGUUGCACGCCUUUGCGCCGCUCAAGCUGGGCGCAGACUUGAUGGAGCGAAGCGCUUCCAACGGCGCUCCGUACAUGCAGCUGUCGCCCAUGAUUGAGAUGGACUCGCCUUUGCUCAGCCCUGGCCUGUCUUUGAGUCUUCAGACCAAAGGCAUCGACCUGCCUAGCCCCUUCAUCAUGGGUGUCGGCGCGCUUCCGGACCUUGAGCAGCCUGCUCAGCUCGACCUGCCUCCUGCUGAAGGCUCGACCACUCCUAAAGCCGCCUGCCCCGAGGUCAGUGUGUCCGAACUCGAUCCAGUGCAAUCCAGCACUGUCGUGCCCCAAGCCGAGCCUGUUCAAGACCUCAAAGUAGCUGUGUCAGCCAAGGACUCAGCUGCCAAGGCAGACAAACCCUCAGCUCGACGUCCGGCUCUGCCGCCACCGCGUCAGAUCCGCUUCACUACGUUCACUUCUUCUUCUGCCGAGUCGUCUGACGCCAAGACUCAUCAGGCCGAGGUCGCCAAGAAGGUGAUCGAUCAGCAUCAACAACUUGCGCAGCAUGCAACCAAGACGGGUGCUUCCACCGCCAGCCCUAAACCCGAGCAGACUCCGGAUCUAAUUCACUCUGGCUCUGCUUCGUCUGAAUCAGCCUCGGAUGCGCCGAGCCCCAUGUCGCAGGCGGACAGCACCGCUUCGUCGGCGGACGCCGAGGUCGAGACCAUCCUGUUCGGCCCUCCUGAGAAGCUGGACAUGCACGAGCUCGACCACGCUUGGGGCGGAUCCAAGGCUGCUCAGCACGAAGCCGCCUUGCGCCGAGCUAGGGACACUCAGACUCGCUCGAUCGAUAUCGACACUCAGUGA